AAGCAACUGUGACAGAAAGCUUAUCACAAGCGACUGUGUUCUGCAAGUGUGGCAGCCAAACUCUACGGCAUAUAACGUACAACUUUUAUAGGUCGCGCAAAUGCUGCGGUUUGUUUGAGGGGAAGGGUUCCUCGAUUGGCGCACCUACAAGGUGCAGAUUCUAGAUAGAAAAGGAAGCAUCUUGGCCUCCCUCUUCUGUUCUGUUCUUCCUGCUCUUGGUAUCAUACACAGAUAUGAUAAUGAGAAAACAAAGCAUGGUGAUCAUGGUGAAGGCUGCUGAGCUGAACUUGCUCUUUGUUUUUCUGGGAACCGUGGUCCAUGGACAAGAAGGUUUUAUCAAUAUCGACUGCGGACUGCCCAAAAACUCAAAUUUCAGUAAUGAGGUUGGUUUAGUAUACGUGCCAGAUGACAUGUACACAGAUGCAGGAACCAAUAUGCAGGUCGAUCCUGAUUUUCUAAGCAACCCAAAAGUAUAUACGACGCUAAGGAGCUUUCCAGAUUAUAACAGGAAUUGUUACAACUUGACCCCAGUAGUAGUGGGCAGAACUUACCUGGUUCGAGCUUCUUUUAUGUAUGGAAACUAUGACGGAAAGAAAGUGCUCCCAACGUUUGAUCUCUAUCUGGGUGUUAACUUUUGGGACACGAUUAAGCUGGAUAACUCAACACAUAUUCUUUCAACUGAGAUUACUGCCGAAGCUAUAACAACUUCAAUGGAUGUUUGCUUGGUAAAAACAACGGAUUCGGUACCCUUCAUAUCUAGUUUGGAGCUUCGACAGCUUGAUGAUCGCAUCUUUUCAAAGGUCAGCAAAUCGCUUUCCCUUGUAACUCUGAUGCGCAUUAACACGGGGGCAACUGCAGAAAUUAGGUAUCCAGAAGACCAUUAUGAUCGGAUAUGGACACCCGUAAGUAGUGCAUAUGGCAUUUCUUUGAACACCAAAAAUGAGGUGCUGGAUAACACAAGUUAUUGGAUUGAUUUGCCGUCCUCUGUCCUCCAAACUGCAGUGACAUCAACCAGUGACAUAAAAGUCGAAUGGCAUGCAGAACCUGAUUCAACCUACCACUUCUUCAUGCAUUUUGUAGAGUUAGUCCGUCUUCCUGACAACCAAACAAGAAGUAUGAUGAUAAAGAAAAAUGGGGGCUACUUUUUUGGCCCGCUUUCUCUCAAGUAUCUUGUCACAAGAAUUGUAUAUUCAACCAGUAUAACAGGUGCAAACCAUUAUUCAUUCUCAAUAUCUGUACCAACAAGUUCCACCCAGGGUCCAAUUCUCAAUGGUUUCCAAGUAUACAAAGUCAGACAUGUCACAAGCUCUGCAACUUCUCUUAGAGAUGCAACUGCAAUGAUGGGACUCAAGGAACAUUAUGGCGUACAACGGAAUUGGCACUCAGAUCCAUGUCUACCUCAGGAUCAUCCUUGGAGUGGUGUAGAGUGUGACAGUUAUAGCUCUUCACCACCAAGAAUUGUUUCAGUGGAUCUUUCAAACAGUGAAUUGAAUGGUACAAUUUCAAACUCUUUUGCUGAGCUUACUGAAAUUCAAUCACUGAAUCUAUCAGGAAAUCACUUGCAAGGUCCAAUACCAUUAUUCUUAGGAGAGCUAGCAGAACUAACAUCAGUGGAUUUGUCAAGCAAUGAGUUGACUGGACAAGUUCCAAGUAGUUUGCAAGAAAGAGCUAAAAGUGGCAGGCUUUCUUUAAGACUUGAUAACAAUCCACUGCUUUGUCAAAAUGCUUCAUGCAAUCAAGUUCAAAAAGGAAAUAAGUUUCGCACUUUAUCCGUGGUGUUGAUCGUGCUAUCCUCAGUAGCUGGUAUCGGAAUCAUAUUGUUGAUUAUCCUUCUUAUGAUGAGAAGGACCAAGAGUAAAAGGCAGAAAGAUGUUGCUGAUAAGAGACGACUACCUCUGGGAUCAGUUAAUGACUUGGUUUACACAUAUAUACACAUUGUUGGCAUCACUAAUGACUUUCAAAGAGUCAUUGGUAAAGGAGGAUCUGCGACUGUUUACUAUGGCCGCUUGAAAAAUGGAGCCGAGGUCGCUGUUAAAAUGUUGAACGAAUCAUUCACUCGAGAACUUAAAGAGUUCACAUCAGAGGUUAAGUUGCUGAUGGGGAUUAAUCACAAAUGCUUAGUUUCUCUUGUUGGAUUCUGUGAAGAAAAUCCUAAAAUGAUCCUUAUGUAUGAGUACAUGCCAAAUGGAAAUUUACAUAACCUUUUAGCAGAUAAUUCACCGAAAGAACUGCCCUGGAAAAAGCGAAUUCAAAUAGCAUUAGGUGCAGCAUCAGGGCUUGAAUAUCUGCAUUCAGGAUGUAGGCCAUCAAUCAUCCAUAGAGAUGUCAAGACAUCCAACAUUCUUUUAAAUGACAAAAUGGAAGCAAAACUCUCUGACUUUGGGCUUUCAAAGUUCAGCCAGGUGGAUGACACGGCUUGUGUCUUAACUGUAGUUGCAGGCACACCCGGAUAUAUAGAUCCAGAGUACUUCCGUACAAAUAUGCUUACUAGAAAGAGUGAUGUUUACAGCUUUGGUGUAGUUCUUUUUGAGCUGAUCACAGGCCGACCUGCUAUUUUCAAAACUGAUGAAACAGUUCAUAUAGUUCAAUGGAUUACACCCAAGCUUCUACAAGAAGAUAUUGUGAGUGUGGUUGAUCCAAGAUUUCAAGGGCAGUACAACCAAAGUUCCAUAUGGAUUGUGGCAAAGACUGCUAGGAAAUGCACUGCAGAGAAAGCUGCCACGCGACCCACCAUGACUGACAUUCUGAACCGACUGAAAGAGGCCCUGGAGAUUGAAGAUAAUGUUCCAGAAGGUGGAAAUUCCAUUGUUCAAAACCUUCCAACGUCUGCACUUUGGAGUUACUGUAAUGAAUCCGACUAUGGAUCAACAAGCUUUCUUGAACCGCGGUAGCUGGGUAUAAGGGUGUGAAUGAUUAAGCGUAGAAGAGCUUUAUCAUUUUUUAGAUGUUUCCAUCGUUUGAAGCUAAGUUAGCCAGCCAACGCCUUUCAAUAUAUAUAUACACACACACACACAUAUAUAUAUAUAUAUAUUAAAAGUCAC